UUUGACGCAUGCGCAGUGCCUCGGUAGCGUGGUAGCCAAGUAGUAGACGUUAGCGGUGCGAAGUACGUGGCAGAAAGCUUUCGAUAUGGAGGCAUCUGCACUGGUCGCCUUGACUCUGUUACUGGGCGCACUGGUUAUCUUGGUUGCAUUAGCGGUGGUCAGACGGAAGGAAGAAAUUAGAGAGGAAACAGAGCAGGCAGCGGAGUUUGCCGCUGAAGGCAGUGUUGCGAAGGGUGCUGCACCCAAGAAACAGAAGCAGGAGAAGCAGCGCAGCCGAAAGGAUAAAGCAUCUCAGCACACUUUCAGCCAUCCGCUGUUGGCAGCAUCACUGAAGGGCCACAGUGGGAAUGUGACGUGCCUUGAUUUCAGCAGUAAUGGGAAAUACCUGGCGUCCUGCGCUGAUGAUCGCACCGUCCGCAUCUGGAGCACCAAAGACUUCCUGGAGCGGGAACACAAGUGUCUUAGGGCCAAUGUGGAGCUGGACCAUGCUACACUGGUCCGCUUCAGCCCAGACUCCAGGGCGUUUAUCACUUGGUUGGCCAAUGGUGAUAGCAUUCGAAUCUUCAAAAUGACCAAGAAGGAUGACGGCACUUUAAGCUUCAAAGCUGCUGCUGAGGACUUCCCGCAGAAACACAAAGCCCCAAUCCUUAACAUUGGCAUUGCAGAGACAGGAAAGUUCAUCAUGAGCGCCUCCACCGACACCAUCAUCCAUAUCUGGGACCUGAAAGGAGAGGUACUGGCCUCUAUCAACACUAACCAGAUAACCAAUUCUUAUGCUGCCAUCUCCCCAUGUGGCAGGUUUGUAGCGUCAUGCGGCUUCACCCCUGAUGUGAAGGUGUGGGAGGUUUGCUUCGGGAAGGGAGGAGAGUUCAAAGAGGUGGCGCGAGCGUUUGACCUGAAGGGCCACUCUGCAGGAGUUCAUGCAUUUGCGUUUUCGAACGACUCUCACAGAAUGGUGACCGUCUCCAAAGAUGGUACGUGGAAGCUGUGGAACACAGAUGUAGAGUACAAAAAGCAGCAGGAUCCCUACCUCCUGAAGACCGUACCCUGUGCAUCGUCUGAAGGAAGCCGGGUGGCCUUGUCUCCAGAUGGCCGGGUGGUGGCCAUCAGCGACGGCUCUAACGUGGCGUUGUACAACGCUGCGAGCGGUGAGCUGGAGGAGGAAAUGCAUGGCGUCCAUAGCGAGGAGAUCAACGACCUUAGAUUUGACGUUAGCGGGCGCUUCGUGGCGUGCAGCGGUGACAAGGCCAUCCGAGUGUUUCACAACGCCCCGGGCUACCGGGCCGCCAUCAGAGACAUGCAGGACAUGCUGAAGAAAGCCCAGAACGAAGGCAUGAAGCAGAGACUGCAGCAGCAGAUAAAGGAGGCUCAGAGCGCCCUGGACACUGUGCUGGCUGCUCCUGUUGACUGAAGGAGACCUGAGAAACCACACUGUGAUUGUGUCUAACUCUGACUGCUGAUCUUUUUUCAACCUCAACUCUCCCUCUGCCACUAAAUGAUCUGGUCAGGGAAUUUGCAUGCAGUUUUAAUAAAGAAUAUCUUUUUAUGGAAAAAUAAAAUGGUUUGAGCUCAGAUCUUUUUCUUUGUUGUUUAAUGCAUAGUGAUGUCUUAUGUGUGAUCUCUCCUGUGGAUGUCUGAUAUGUGCCUUUUUCAGUCUCCUUCCAUUCAAAAGAUCCCACCUUAAACCUCAGUUUAUUCCCUUUCACCUGAAAAUACUUUGUGUAACUUAACUCUUUAAGAGUGGAAUUUAUGCAAGAUUUCAUUAAACUGUAUCAAACAAUGUGUAACAUUUGUAGAAAUGUGACACAUCCUGUUGCCCCAUCCCAAACAUCCUCUGUGAUCCUAGCAUCUUUUCUCCAGGCUUUUUUUUUUUUUUUUUUUUUUUUUUUUUUAAAGAUUAUAAGAUGGAUGUGGAAUACCUGGGACAACUUUUAAUACUCUUUCAAUUUUAUUAGAGCAGAUUUCUGAUAAUAAAUAACCUGGGAAAAUAAGACCAGAAGUAUCUACAUAAUGAGGUGUCACCAUUUUGUGUUUUGGGUGAACUGACCCUUUAAAUUAAAGAGGCCAAAGUCUUAAGAUCUGCCUCUGUCAGGAGAAAAGGAUUUCACCUGUCUCUUAUAUAACAAGUUUGUGACCCUGAAGUAAAAUCAAUAUUACACUUGUUUUGUAACUGCUGCCACUUAAGAUAAAUUUGGACCAGAGGUGCAACUAACGAUUAAAUACAUUUUUUAAUAAACUUUAUUAUUUUCUAAA